AUGGCGAAGAAAAAAAAUGCAAAAAAAGAUGGAGACGGCGCCCUGGAUGCCAAAAACAGAAAAGCUCUUGCCAAGGAGCAAAAGCGACAGCGGCAAGAGCAGAAAGCCAAUCAAAAGCGACUGAAAGAAGAAAGACGAAAGCAGAAAGGCGAUCGAGACCACUUUCAUGACGAAGAAGACAUCGAAGAACUGGUGAAGCGCCUGGAUCAAGAGCGCGCGGCGGUCAACGCUGUCGUCGUGCAAAGUGCCUCGCAGCCUACUCCCCGAGCUCACGGAUCCUUCACUGUCUUGCCAAACCAAGACAUCCUGAUGUUCGGAGGCGAGCGCUACGAUGGCCAGCGCGUCCAAGUUUUCGGCGAUGUGCACCGCUGGAAUUUCGAAAAAAACGAAUGGAGACAAAUCACCUCCCCCCUGAUGCCCAAGUCGCGCUGCAGCCACCAGGCCCUCUUCUACAACGAUCACGUCUACGUCUUUGGCGGCGAAUUCAGCACUUUCUACCAGUUUUUCCACUUCAAGGACUUCUGGAAAUUCUCCAUAAAAACAAGUACCUGGACUAAACUGGAAGUUGCAAACGUCACUGAGGUCCCUCAGGCCCGAAGUGGGCAUCGCAUCGGCGACUUCAUCUUCAUGCACGGCGGCUUCGCGAAAAUCAAAGACACCGCAAAGAAAGUCCAAGGAAAAACAUUCACUGACACGUGGAUUCUGAACUUGAAGCCACUCAUCUCCGACCCGCGAAAAGAGGUUCCCAUCUGGGAAAAGAUUCGAAAUGUCGGCGCCGUGCCGUCUCCGAGGACAGGCAUGUCCGGUACGGUGUACAGACACUCGGCGAUUGUUUUUGGCGGAGUCGCGGACGACGACGACGGCCAAGUCAAGUUGAAGAGCACUUUCUUCAAUGAUCUGUAUUCGUUUGAUCUCGAGCGAAAGCGCUGGUACGAGCUGACGAUCAAGGGCGAGAAAGAGAAAAAGACCAAGGGUGGAGCACGCCAGAAACGCAUGCAUGCGUCUUCCGUCGGCCACGGCGGCAACGGCGGCGCCGAGGAUGGCGACGAGGAAAGCGACGAGGAGCAGGGAGGAGGCGAGACAGAAGAAGAAAGUCCAGGAGAUGAAGACGACGAGUGGCUGAAUUCAUUUGCCUACUUCGACGAGAAAGGGCGGCUUGUUCGCAUGCGGUUGGACGACGCAAAUCUCCCCCCUGGCUUCGCCCAGCCCUCGGCUGCAUCGUCGGCGUCUUCCGACUCGUGCUCCUCGUUCACUUUCUCUUCUGCGUCCUCGUCUUCGGCCUCGUCUUCUGCUGCGGUCUCGUCUUGCGCUUCGGAAAAUGCGCGCGGGCACGGCAAAAAGAAGUCUCAGUCAGGAAAGUCGCAUGCCGACGUUUCUCCCUCAGCCUCCAGUCGUGCCUUCCUUCCUGUGAGGCCGUCGCCUCAAGACACAGACACAAUCAGCCACGCCCCUUCCUCUGCCUCGUCCCAGACUGCCUCCCGCAGCAUGCACCCUGCCACGUCCAACACUCCCCGCUCUUCUUCUUCCUCUGCUUCCUCCUCUGCUUCUUCCUCUGCUUCCUCCUCUGCUUCUUCCUCUUCUUCCUCUUCCUCGUCUUCGGCUGCUGGGCCUUCUGUGUCUUCCUCGGAGCGUCGUUCGCAGUUGUUCUUUCGCGGCGACGCGCCUCUCCCGAGACUCCACGGCCAUCUUGUCGUUCGUGGCAACGCGCUCGUACUCUACGGCGGCAUCAUGGAGCUCGACGACAAGGAAGUCACCCUCGACGACUGCUGGACGCUAAAUCUAAGCAAACGAGACUGUUGGCGGCGCGUGCUCGCCGGCACGAUGGAUCGGCAGGAAUGGCUCGGUGAGGACGAAAACGAAGAAGACGGAAGCGAAUCGGGAAGCGACUCAGACUCUGAGGCGAGUGGAGACAGCUCCAGCAGCGACUCGAGUGAUGCGACUGACUCCAGUGACGACUCCGAGAGCUCUGAAGGCGAAGAGGAAGAUGCUGUCGCGAAGCCUGAGGCGCGGCGUCUGUCCUCGGAAGCACUCAAGGCAGUGUCUUCUCCGGCUCACCCGAGAAGACGCCGUUCUCUGCCCGACUCUGAAGAUUUGUCAAACGCAAGCAGCGAUGACAGCGAUGGCAUCGACCAAGGAAAGAGAGAACUCGAUGUCUCAGGCGACGACGAGCCGCCGCUGCUGCUGCAUGCAGAGCCCGCGCGUCUCGAAGGGAAAGUUCGGUCCGUCGAGUCCCCCGCCGGCGACGCUCAAAGCACAACCAGCACAGCCGAUCCGGCGUCUCCACAAGGCCACGCGGGAGGCUCGUCUUUGGACUCGAGGCGCGAGAAGAAAGCCAAGCGCGGCGAAGCGAAGAAGAAAAAGAAGGCCGAGAAGUCGUACCGAGAAGAACUUGAAGAACUCAAGGAGCAGUACCGGCUGCACGACCUCGACGAGACUCCUCAGGAAGGCGAGACGCUCAGGGCGUUCUUCGAUCGAACGAAACAGCACUGGAUCGCGCUCGUGGCUGCCGACGCGCGGACCGAAGGCGCAGACAGCCGCAGCCGCCAGCUGCUGCGCGACGACAAAGAAAUGAAGCGCGUGGCCUUUGCGCGAGCGUCGCAGCGGUUCGAGGAGCUCUUGCCCUGUUUGAAGCGGCUCGAGGAGUUCCGACAGCGCCAGGAAGAAACCGAGGACGAGGACGGGGGAAGCACGAAGAAAGGGGGGAAGCAUGCCGGCGGCGCAGCAGCGGGUGGCCUUCGCCGCAUGCGGUGA